AUCCCGUGGUCCGUGGCCGACUCCCGAAUUCCGAACGCUCCCGGCCGCCGCCGCCGCCGCCGUCUCUGACGCCUUCACCAUGGCGCCUCCCACGUGGUGGGCCCGUCCAGCCAUCCCGCCACGUUUCCCUCUCCCAUUGGCUACAAUGCAUCAUACCCCACCUGCCAGCGUCAUGACUUAACCCACCGCCUGGGAGCGCGGCACGGGUCAAACUCCCGCUGCGUCGUCGUCGUCUCCUUCCCCCCAACUCCCCGCGGCAGCGCCUCCCCCGCCUCGGGCUCUAAUGGCUCUCGGCUCCGGCAGCUAGGGUUUCUUCCUCGCCGUCCCCAUGGCGCCUCCUCUCCUCCUGCGCCUGCUCCUCCUCGCCGCGGCCGCGUCGGCCGCGGCGGCGGCGGGGGACGGCUGCAGCUCCGGCUGCGACCUCGCGCUGGGCUCCUACUACAUCUCGCGGAACCAGAACCUCACCUACAUCUCGAGCCUCUUCGACAUCAGCGACUACCACACGCUCGGGCCCUACAACCUCAAGUACCCCAACCUGAACUUCAUCCCUGCCGGCGAGCGCGUCAACGUCUACUUCCGCUGCAGCUGCCUCGCGCUCCCGAGGGCGCCCUUCUCUACCUACCUGGCUGCCUCCCUCCCCCACAAGGUCUCCACCGGCAAUACCUACACCAGCAUCGCCGCCAAUUUCAACAACCUCACCACCAUCGACUGGCUGAAGGCCACCAACAGCUACCCGGAAAACAAUAUCCCCAAUACCGGCACGGUGAACGUCACCGUCAACUGCUCCUGCGGGAACCCGGCGGUGUCGGAGGUCUACGGGCUGUUCCUGACCUACCCGCUCAGGGGCAACGAAACUCUCGCCUCCGUCGCGGCGAACAACAACUUCUCGUCGCCGUCACAGAUGGACCUGCUCAGGAAGUAUAACCCUGGCAUGGACGGCGUGACGGGAAGCGGGCUCGUCUAUAUCCCCGUCAAAGAUCCCACUGGAAGUUACCGUCCUUUAAAAUCAUCAGGAAAUGGAGCUUCUGUAGGAGCUAUAGCAGGAGGAGUUGUGGGUGGUGUUGUUGCACUGCUCCUGGGUGUCUUUUUAUACAUCAUGUUCUAUAGGCGAAGAAAGACGAAAAAGGGUGCCCUGCUUCCAUCAUCUGAAGGUUCUACCCAACUUGCUACUACAGCAUCAAUGGAUAAAGUUUCACAGUCAACUAGUCAAGCUGAUAGAGCCUCACAAGUUCCAGGAAUCACAGUUGACAAAUCAGUAGAGUUCUCGUAUGAAGAACUUUUUAAUGCCACAGAGGGAUUUCGCAUGAGUAAUAAAAUCGGGCAAGGUGGUUUUGGCGCUGUCUAUUAUGCUGAGCUCAGAGGCGAGAAAGCUGCCAUAAAGAAAAUGGAUAUGCAGGCUACUCAUGAGUUCCUUGCUGAGUUAAAGGUUUUGACACAUGUUCAUCAUCUGAAUCUGGUGCGCUUGAUUGGUUAUUGCACUGAGAGUUCUUUGUUCCUUGUCUAUGAGUAUAUCGAGAAUGGAAACUUAAGCCAGCAUUUACGUGGAACUGGUUAUGAGCAUCUGUCGUGGACUGCCAGGGUUCAAAUUGCACUAGAUUCAGCAAGAGGUCUUGAGUACAUUCAUGAACAUACGGUUCCAGUAUACAUACAUCGGGAUAUCAAAUCAGCAAACAUUUUGAUAGACAAGAACUACCGAGCAAAGGUUGCAGAUUUUGGUUUAGCAAAACUUACAGAAGUUGGUAAUACAUCACUGCCCACACGUGGAAUUGUUGGUACAUUUGGUUACAUGCCUCCAGAAUAUGCUCGAUAUGGUGAUGUUUCUCCUAAGGUUGAUGUCUAUGCCUUUGGCGUUGUUCUCUAUGAACUUAUUUCAGCUAAAGAAGCUAUUGUCAGAUCAACUGAGUCUUCUAGUGAUUCAAAGGGAUUGGUUUAUCUGUUUGAGGAGGCUCUCAACAUACCUGAUCCAAAGGAAGGCCUUCAGAAUCUGAUUGAUCCGGUGCUAGGCAAGGAUUAUCCCAUCGACUCCAUUCUCAAGAUGACAGCCCUCGCAAGGGCAUGCACACAGGAAGACCCCAAGUUGAGACCCACGAUGAGAUCCGUGGUCGUCGCGCUGAUGACACUCUCAUCCACGAGCGAGUUCUGGGACAUGAACACUAUCCAGGAGAACCAAGGUCUGGUGAACCUCAUGUCCGGGAGAUAACUCUCUUGCAUUUGUAGCUUGCCCCUGGGAGUUGUACAUUAGGGCACAUUUUGAACUGUCCGAAGCCGUCCAGUAAGGAGGACAGAAUGACAGCAUCCUUUUAGCUAUCCACAUGUAAUUUUCUUGUCGGUCUAGGAUUUCGUCUCGUCGUGUUUUCUUUCUUUUUGUUCUUGGACAGCAGUGUGAGCUCAUUGUACGUCCUCAGCACGUGUAAUUUACCUGUAAGAUGCUCGAUUUUGCGUCCAAAUGGAAAUAAAUGAUAUCCUGUUACGUA